GCUUGGCGCCCGUCAUUUUCCCACACCAUAGUUUGUCUACAGCUCAGAGACAGACUCAGAGAGAAGACUGCAUCUAAGUUGAACCUAAGAUCAGAGAGCAAAAAUCGUAGAAGCAUCCAUCAUGACAAAUUCAAGAUGGCAGCCAUCAGUUUGAGAUCACAAACACUAUCACUGUAUAAAAGGUUACUGAGAACAGCCCAGAAAUGGGAGGCCAGUUCUGGAGUACUGAGUGAGACCAAGUCUGAAAGGGAAUACAUCAAAGCAGAAACUAAAGAACUAUUCAGGAAAAAUAGACAACUUGCAGAUGUUGAGGAGAUUAGGCUUUGCAUUCAAGAAGGAGAGUCCAGACUAGCAAUGGCUAUGCAUUACAGGACACCAUACCCCAGGCCUGUGAACAUUCCCUAUGGUGGACUCCCUCCCUCUACGAGCAAAGGCAAGAAAGCCCAAGUGAGACUACGCAAGCAAGCUAAGCCAGUUUACAUGAAAUCCCAUGAUGAAUAUUCAUGAGAUUUGUGAGGAAUGUGCUGAAAGUGGACGAAAAAGAUUUGUGCACAUGCCUGACGAAGAGAUCAUUAUUCUGUAUGUAUGAAUUGAAUAUUUUACUUCUGAGCUCGAUUUAAAAAUUACAGGAUUGCUAAAUGUAAUGUUGAAGCUGAAGUUUAGAAAGUAUUCUACUGUGUUCAUCAAUUAUCCAGAAGAUCUGAAUAUUUCCUCUUUCAAUUAAUCUUUGUGCACUUUGACCCUUGAGUUUAUACAAUUUUGGAAAUGGUAGUCUUUUUUUGACGUUUUGAUGUUUGUAUGACUCGAGGCCAAAACUCUUAUAAAUGUCACUUUGGAGGUCUAGAUAUGUUUUCAAUGCAAGAGACCUUUUCCUCCUUGUAUGCCAUAUGUUUUUUUUCAUUA